GCCGUUUGACCAGACCCCGGAAAUGCACGUCGUGAUGCCCCAAACCGUCCUUCUGCUGCUGUCAGGGGUCCUGGCCGUGACCGAGACCUGGGCGGGCUCCCACUCCCUGAGGUAUUUCUACACCUUCGUGUCGCGACCCCGACGCUUCAUCGCCCUCGGCUACGUGGACGACACGCAGUUCGUGCGGUUUGACAGCCGCGCUGGGAGUGGGAGGAUGGAGCCAAGGGCACCGUGGGUGGAGCAGGAGGGGCCGGAGUAUUGGGACGAGGAGACCCGAAUCGCCAAGCACAAUGCAUGGUAUUACCGAGUGAGCCUGAACAACCUGCGGGACCACUACAACCAGAGCGAUGCCGAGUCUCACACCAUCCAGCGCAUGUACGGCUGUGACGUGGGGUCCUACGGGCGCCUCCUCCGCGGGUACAGUCAGUUCGCCUACGACGGCGCGGAUUACAUCGCCCUGAACGAGGACCUGCGCUCCUGGACCGCGGCGGACACGGCGGCGCAGAUCUCCCGGCGCAAGUCGGAGGUCGAAGGUUACACUGAGCAUGACCGGAACUACCAGGAGGUCACGUGCGUGGAGUGGCCCCGCAGGUACCUGGAGAACGGGAAGGAGAUGCUGCUCCACGCAGAACCUCCCGACACACGUGUGACACACCACCCUAUCUCUAACCGUGAUGUCACCCUGAGGUGCUGGGCUCUGGGCUUCUACCCUGCGGAGAUCACCCUGACCUGGCAGCGGGAUGGGGAAGACCUGACUCAGGACACAGAGCUUGUGGAGACCAGACCUGCAGGAGAUGGAACCUUCCAGAAGUGGGCGGCUGUGGUGGUGCCUUCUGGAGAGGAGCAGACAUACACAUGCCAUGUGCAGCAUGAGGGACUGCCCAAACCCAUCACCGAGAGAUGGGAGCCACCUCCUCCUACCAACCCCAUCACAUGGAUCAGUGGUGGUCUGAUUCUCCUGGUCAUUGCAGUGAUUGCAGUGAUUGGAGUUGGAGCUGUGAUCUGCUGGAAGAUGUGCUCAGGAAGAAGAAGACUAGGCUACUCUCAUGCUGCAGGCGAUGAAAGUGCCCAGGGCUCUAAUGUGUCUCUCACGGCUCCUAAAGAACAAUAUCUUCUAUCAAAAGAUGGCUGUUUUCACUUGGGGGCUCACUGUAGGUGUCCUUGAAAAGCACAAUCUUGGGUAUGAGAAAGAGGAGUCAAGGAGGACCCCCCAAAUUCUGGACUAUGCAAGUGGAAAGAUGGAGCUGCUGUCAGCAGAGAUGAGGAAGACUCUGGAAGGAGCAUUUUUGAGGAGGGGGCGUUACAAGCAUUCCAUGAAGAUAUGAAGAGCUGAGAUAUCUGUUAGAAAUGUCAGUGAAGGAGUUGGCUUGGCCAUCAGAGAAAUGUGGAUGAGGGUGGAAUUUAGGAGAAAGGUCUGAGCUGGAGAAAUAGAUUUUGGAGUGACACCAUGUAAAUGAUGUUUAGUCUUUAGCAUAGAUGAAGUCACCAAGGGGGCAAGGGCCGUAGAAGAGAAAGGGACAAGGACCAAACCCUGGACCCCCCCGGUGCUAAGAGAUCUGAUCAGACCAUACACUCAGAGCAGUCUGCACAGUCCUGGCUCCACGCAUAGACCAGGGAGUCCCAAACCUCCCUGUUCAGAGAAUUCCCAGACAUCCUAUUAAGGCUCACAAAGUGUGGAGUAGAGUAUGAGAUUCUGUAUUUUCCAAAGGUGUGGCUGCUGCUAGUCUUCCCGUCGCACUUUUAGCAGCAGGAAUGUAGAUUGGGAUUCCCUGUGGUUGCGCCUCAACCUUGCUCGUAGGGCUUGUUAAAUAGGUGAUUCCCUAACCUUGUGCCAAAUACUCAGUCUAUGGGUCUGGGGAGAGGCCCGUGUGUUCUGAGAAUCCCCGCGAGCGAGUCUGGUGCUCAGCCGGAUCUGGAGCUGCUGAGGUUGGAGAGGAGAGAAGGCAGGGUGGGGUUUUAAAUCACAUUUAAAUGGGGGUUUUUCCCUGCCUUGGAGAGAAAAGGGAGGAUUUUUUUUUGUCAAUAUGACAUGUGAUGUGAGAUACAUGUCAUUUUCUUACCUUGAGGUGUAUAUAGUCAGGUGGGAGGAGUGGAAGUGGUUCUUAGUUUAGUGUAAGAAACAUCUCUGAAUGCUUACUCCCUGGAACUAUUCCCCUAAUCAACUUUUUGGAGCAAACAAUGGAAUCUAACUUUUUUCUGUUUUGAUAUUAUGUUGGGGAUGGCCACAGAAUAGGCUUGAGGCUACAGAGGCAGGAAUGGGAUAUACCGUCCUACUGUAGGUUGAAGCCACACAGGAACUGCUACAACCAGAGUGAGGCCAAUCCAGUGAGGCUGGCUAGACCGCAGGUCACAAGUCUCCCCAUUUCCCACCGGCCGGCCGGGUCUCCCUGGCUCUGGUUUGGAGCUUCAUCUGGAGGCCUCAGAACCCAUCGGGAGUCUCCACCCAGGGAAUUCGCUCUGUUGUACCUUUGGAAACUGGCUGUGACCAGUCACCACCCAGCAGUGUGGAGCGGAGGGGAGUGGGGAGGCUGUGUGGUUGGGGCUGCCUCUGGGGCAAGGCCAGGGUCUCACUUUC